CGUUGGGUCGUUUACCGGUCGGUACGUUGCUCUAGUGACUAAAGCGUUUUCCAUUUAAAUGCUACUACAGACUACAGUCAGCAGCAGAAACAAAAGGCAAGCGACGAUGCUUGGGAGUUCAACCUCCCUCUCUCCAUUUCAGCCCUUCGCUCGGGCUUCUCCGUUUCCGUCAUUUCAAUCUCCUCGGAGAAUUAUCUCAAUGUCCGCAACAGGCACCUUAAACCCUAAAAUCCCCGUUGAGGCCAUGUCCAUAAAGCCUCCUUCCCACCCCACCUACGAUCUCAAGGCCGUCAUUGCCCUCGCCCUUGCUGAAGAUGCCGGCCAUCGAGGGGAUGUCACCUGUAUGGCCACUAUUCCAGAUGACGUUGAAGUCGAAGCACAUUUCCUAGCAAAGGAGAACGGUGUCAUUGCUGGAAUUGCUCUUGCGGAGAUGAUAUUUAAUGAGGUUGAUCCAUCUUUGAAGGUUGAGUGGUCUCAAAAUGAUGGAAGCUACAUUUGCAAGGGCAUGCAGUUUGGCAGAGUUUAUGGAUGUGCACACAAGAUUGUCGUGGCAGAAAGGGUGGUGCUUAAUUUUAUGCAAAGAAUGAGUGGAAUAGCAACACUCACCAAGGCCAUGGCAGAUGCUGCCCGUCCAGCAUGCAUUUUAGAGACAAGGAAAACUGCUCCAUGUUUACGUUUGGUGGAUAAGUGGGCAGUACUGAUUGGUGGAGGACAGAAUCACAGGAUGGGUUUAUUCGAUAUGGUGAUGAUAAAAGAUAAUCAUAUUUCAAUAGCCGGAGGUGUCACAAAUGCAAUAAAAUCCGUUGACCAAUAUUUAGAGCAAAAGAAUCUUCAGAUGGCAGUUGAGAUUGAGACCAGGACACUGGAGGAAGUUAAGGAGGUAUUAGAUUAUACUUCUCAAAAGAAGACUUCGUUGACACGGAUAAUGUUGGACAAUAUGGUUGUCCCACUGCCAAAUGGGGAUGUGGAUGUUUCUAUGCUGAAGGAAGCUGUUGAAUUGAUAAAUGGAAGAUAUGAGACAGAGGCAUCCGGUAAUGUUACUAUUGAAACCGUGAAGAAAAUCGGGCAAACCGGAGUAACAUACAUUUCCAGUGGGGCAUUGACACAUUCUGUGAAAGCACUUGAUAUCUCCCUAAAUAUCGACACUGAGCUUGCUCUUCAAGUUGGUAGACGUACAAACAGGGCAUGAUCAUACAUUGUUGUCAUCAUCGUCAUCAUCACCACAGCUUUGUCCGGGGUUUUUACAUUAGUUGUAAAGCGACAUUAUAGCUACGGAUAUUAUGGAGAAAACGAGAGCUGAAAAUCCUUAUGAGCAGUGGGCCAUUGUAUGACGUGAUGGCCAUGUAACAGCAGAAACGCAUAUGCAAGUAAAACUACGUUCAUCUUCUAAUUGGACAUAAAGAAGUGAACCGUGGGAUUAUGCUG